UCAGAAGUGUUAUAUUUUUGCACUCAAAAAACACUCCUUAUAUAUAAAUACUUCUCUUCAAACAUGGAGUAAAAGUUGCAGAUUCUGAGGAUGAUUUUAGGGAAUCUGCUAUGUUUAUGGUUUGAUAAAUUUGUUCCUUGAUUAUUUGAUUUCAACUAACAUGGUAUCAAAAGUCGGUUUACUUGCAUCAGAAAGCAGGCAGGCCAUCUCAGAAAGUUCUCUUCAAAAUGCUUACACAGUCAGCCUAAAACAAACAAGGUAGCCACACUGAAGAAGGCUUGGCCCUUUGAACAAGCUCCUUUUGCAGCUAGCAGACAUGCCAUCUUCUAUAUACAUUUUCUAUUAUUCAACUUUAUCCAUUCACCUUUAUUGAUAUUAAUGGUGGAAUGACGAAAAGAUGACCAACUAAAAGUAAAGAUCCAGAUGCCGACCUUAUUCUAUAAAUACCGGUUGAAUAAACAUAUUUAAAUCCAUCUUACACUAAACCAGUCAUUGCCUCAGAGUUGUAAGGGUAUUAUAUUACCUCACAAUGAAGAACCAGGUUGGAAAGAAUGUUAUUCCAUAUUCACGAAGCUCUGCAAUUCCUGUUGAGAGGUCUCUGAGAGGAGUUCUAGCCGUCCCUGUUAGCCGUUGCCAUGCAUCACCAAAAUUCAGAUGGGGUAGAUUUGAUUCAGUAUUUAGUCGGAUGACCAGCUUUGGUGAAAAAAUUGAUUCUUUAGCAGAAGGCAUCAAAGAGCAUGUGAGAAUAAGGUCCGUAACUGAAACUAUGAAAGGGAAGUUGAGUUUAGGGGCAAAAAUCUUACAAGUAGGGGGAGUGAAGAAAGUGUUCAGACGAAAUUUUAGUGUGAAAGAAGGGGAGAAGCUACUGAAAGUUUGUCAAUGCUAUUUGUCGACCUCAGCAGGUCCGUUAGCAGGCCUACUCUUUAUUUCCACUGAUAAGGUUGCCUUCUGCAGCGAACGAUCAAUCAAAGUUUCUUGCCCUACUGGAGAGUUUCAAAGAGUACAUUACAGGGUCGUGAUCCCACUAGGAAAGAUAAAGAAAGUGAAUGAGAGUGAAAAUCUGAAGCAGCCUUCAAGGAAGUACAUGCGGAUAGUUACUAGAGAUGAUUUUGAAUUCUGGUUUAUGGGACUCUUAAAUUAUGAAAGAACGAUCAUAUCUAUUCAGAAUGCCCUCUCUCAUGCACAAUGAAUUGAACUCGGAUCAAGAAUCAGCGGUUUUACCCCUGAAUCUCUGAUGCAGCUGGAAAUACACUGAGCUAUGCUAUGUUACCCGGACUCGGCUGAAAGUGUCCAAACUGGAUACGUGUCCGAGUGUCGGACUCGGCAAUAUUUUGAAAAUUUCAUAUGUUUUUGGCCUAAAAUAAGUGUCGGAGUGUCCAUACCCAUGUCCGAGUGUCGAGUGUCCGACAUGGGUACUCGAGGCAAAAUGAAGAGUCCGGGUAACGUAGGAGCUAUGUAGUUAGUAGUGCACUAGUACUAACCUAGCUUAGAGUGUACAUAUUUUGUUUCUUAGAAUUCAUCUGCCUUGAUGAAAAGAUUUGCUUGUAAUUUGAAAAUGAAGAUGUCAAUUAAACUUGUUUAUAUAA